AAAACAAAUGAAGUAAAAUGAGUGUGUAAACACAUUUCAGUUUCUCAUUGUCUUUAAAAAAAACAUUUUCAUAUAAGUGCAAAGAAAUAUAACCGCUUACAAUGAAGUCGGCAUUCAUACACGUUUUAUUGCCACUUUGUUUUUGUCUUGCUUUGGCGAACACAAGUCUUUUCGACAGCGUUCUUGUGGACAUGAACUAUGAUCACUACGCAGAGAAGAACCUCGAAUCCCUACCCUGUUACCUGGCAAUGCCAUUCAACUCUUUGAUCAACUUGGGAUACCUUUACAUUGGCAUUUAUUGGCUACUACAACAAACGGACAGCAAAGGAGACCCUAAGGCAGGUUACGUUAAAGAUGUAUUCGCACUUAUGGCUAUUGCCUACGGACCAGUGCAGUGGGUGCGCCUCGCAACCCUCCGACGCGCGCCCUCGGUGUUGGACCAAUGGGUCACGCUUCCCAUCUUUGCGUGGGUACCGGUGUGGUGCCAGUUUAUAGAGAAUGGUUGGCGGCCACGGUACACGUUUGCGGUUGAGUUGUGCGCCAUUCUCAGCUAUGGUCUUUCGCUGUUGCACGACCAAGGGUUCGAGGUGGCCCUCGGAAUUCAAGUGACAUUCGCAGUCAUCAAAGGUUUCGGGGUGCAUCGAAAAUAUGGAGAUUUCCGCUCCCAGAGAUAUUUGGUUCUCGCGCUGCUGUCCUGCAGCGGGUUCGUGGUGUUGAAGGUGUUGGAUCACACCCUGGCGAAGUACCGAUUGUUCCAACACCUCACUGGACACUUCUGGUCCAAGGUGUGUGACAUCCUGCAGUUCCACUACAGUUUCUGCUUUCUCACGCACCUCACAAACAGAGGUUUAAAACGGACUGAAUAGGUCUGACCUAACCGUUACUUACGUUGCUGAUCGUCUAACCGCAACUAUUGAUUCAGUUUAGUUCAUACACUGAUAAAUUGUGUGAAAGAAACAAAGCCCACUUCAAUGACAGUUGUGACUGUGAAAACAGGAAAGCAACACUUCAGAAAGCUGAGUUAGACAAUUGUCAGAUUAUAUUACUUUAUAUGAGGAAUGCAUACUCAUAAGAUUGGAAAUAUCAACAUCCCUCUUAAGAAAUGUCAACAAGUGCAAGAAAGACAUAAUAUUUCAAAUACAGUCAUUUCCAUAAUAUUUCAAUUAAAACAAAUCUAUACU